AAUCGCAAGUUAAGUCAUUAAUAAUAUUGACAAGUUUGUCACAAAUUACAUUAUGUAGGUAUAAUCUUUUUCUUUUCCAUUUAUCCAGCAUCAUAGAUCAAUUAUAUUCUUCAUGUAAUGGUUAUUAUUUGUACGAAAAAAUUCUGCCUUCCAACUAUCCAGGAACGAUUAUUAUACAAAUUGAAAAUACGCAAGGAAGAUGAGACAGUGGAAGAAUUUUUGAAAAAACUGAAAGAAAAAAGAGAUCCUGAAAGAAGUCCACAAAUCCUUUCUGGAACAUCAAUUCCUAACUCCACAUUUAGAAGCAUUUAUAAUAAUGAUUCCCUACAUAAAAAGAAAGAAAUUAGUAGCACCUUUGGUAGCACUGUAUUUGGAAAAAAUAAUGAAAUCAAAGUCAUCAAAGAAAGCAAAGAUUCUGCACAAAGUAAACAAAGUGUAACGUCUUCAGCCAGAAGUUUAAAAAUGAACAUGAGAUCAAUGGAAAAAAGCUCAGUCGAAAGGGAACAAAACAAAUCUCAUACAUCAUCAAGUUUAUUUGGUUCUAGCUCAUUUGAGGAAUUAAAAGAGAUGCGAAAUUUAUUGAACAGAUCAACUUAUUUACCGAAAGAGAACAAAACUCGGCGCCCGACCAUAGAAAAAAUAAAGAGCGCAAUAAAAAAAGAAAAACAAAAUUUAAACGACAAAAGUGAGAGCACCGGCAGUGAUAUGAUUCUUCUGAGCGAUGCCUCAACGUCCACUGCCAAGAAAAAGAAGACUAAAACAAAGAAAACUACAUCAAAGACAAUUAUUAGAGAAAAAACUUCAAAAAGAAAAUAUUACAAGAAGGGAAAGAAAAAAAUCAUCGAAAAAAUAGAUAUAGAAAUUCAGUGUCUUAUAAAAGAAGACGAGGAUAAUAAAGGUUGAAAUGUG